AUGCAGUUAUCAUCUUACUCCCCAUUACUAGAGGCAGUGGAAUAUUACGAGGUCGACUGGGCGAACAACUUCCAUCAGGAGUCCAUUUACCGGGGAUCACCAACUUCAGAGCUAGAACUCGCAUGGGAUCGUCUUUGGAGACAACACGAUAUCAACGUUCCGCUGAACAAGUUAUCCUCACUCAAUCGGUCGGUGGAUGCAAAUUGGAAGCAGACACCCGCGCAAUAUGGCGGAGGCGCCGAAGCUAAUGUAGAAGUGUUUCAUCAGCUGCAUUGUCUGAACAUGAUUCGACAGUACACGUACCUUGACUCCUACGAAGUGCCACCGGAGGGGUUUCAGAAAUCCCCGGAAAUGUCAAGAACACAUGUCGACCACUGCAUUGAGACGCUACGAAUUCAUCUCAUGUGUGCAGGGGAUGUGACACCUGUGCUGGUGCGGCUGGACGACUCCAAGCCGCUUGGGGCCGAGGCAGAUUUCUCGACGCACCACAAAUGUCGCCGAUUCGAUAAAUUGACUGAGUGGAUGGAGAUACAUGCCAUACGUACAGAGGAGGCUUAG